AUGCAACCUCGACAAUGGAUUAGCAUCACCACGAUCUGUGCAGCUCUCAUCCAAGCAUGCUUAACAGAAAACUCGCUCCCAGAGGCUGAUAAAAAUACCAGUUUGCCACAAACUGAUCCUGCUUCAAAGCCUCUUGUUCUUUGGUUUAAUGGAGGGCCUGGUUGUUCAUCUGUUGGAAUUGGAGCUUUCGGUGAGCAUGGACCUUUUAAGCCAAGUGGAGACAUUCUGCUCAAGAAUGAUUUUAGUUGGAACAGAGAAGCAAAUAUGCUGUAUUUGGAGUCACCAGCAGGAGUUGGCUUCUCCUACUCAGCUAACAAAUCAUUCUAUGAUUUCGUGAACGACGAAAUAAUAGGUUGUCACUUUAUAUGA